AUGGUAGAUCGAGACCAGAAAAUCCAAGUGAUAGUCCGCAAACGGCCUCUAAACUCUAAAGAAAAGGCACGUGGAGAAAUAGAUAUUCUUUCUCAGCGGUCACCUCAAACAAUUGUAGUCACUGAGGAAAAAGUAAAAGUAGAUUUAACCAAAUAUAUAGAGGAGCAUCAUUUCACAUUUGACGGUGUAUUCAGUGAAGACAUCACAAACGAACAACUUUACCGAGCCACAGUCCAGCCAAUAGUCCAAGCUGCAUUUCAAGGCGCAAAAGUUACAUGUUUCGCAUACGGACAAACAGGGAGCGGAAAAACAUACACAAUGAUGGGAGAAGCUCAAACUCCAGGCUUAUAUCUGCUAGCGGCUAAUGACCUUUUUUAUUACCGAGAGCAGCUUUAUCCAAAUAUAAAACUCUGGGUAUCUUUUUAUGAAAUUUAUUGUGGGAAACUUCAUGAUCUUUUAAAUGAAAGACAAAUACUGCAUGUCAGAGAAGAUGCCAAGCAAAAUGUGAAUAUCGUCGGACUACAAUAUAAACCAGUGGAAGAUGUACAAACUUUAAUGCAAAUUCUCAGCUUUGGCCUAGCUGCAAGGACAACAGGGACGACAGGAGCAAAUGAAGAUUCGUCAAGAUCACAUGGGGUUUUGGAAAUUUCGCUUAGAGAAAAGCGAAAAGCAGUCGGAAAGGUUACAUUUAUUGAUCUGGCUGGAAGUGAGAGAGGAGCUGAUACCCAGAAUUCUGAUGGAAAAACAAGAAUGGACGGAGCAGAGAUCAAUAAGUCACUGCUAGCCUUAAAAGAAUGUAUAAGGGCUUUGGAUCAAGAUAAAAAACAUACCCCAUUCAGAGGAAGUAAGCUUACUUUGGUGCUUAAAGACUCUUUUGUAGGAAACUGCAGGACUGUUAUGAUUGCUAAUGUUUCACCUGGGAUUACAAGCUGUGAGCAUACAUUGAAUUCAUUGAGAUAUGCAGAUCGAGUAAAAGAGCUGAAAAAAGGAGGCGGAGGAAGUGCAGCAGCUACAAGAGGUGCUGAUCAGCUUGCAAAUAUUCUUAUGCUUCCAAGACAAAAUGCUAAUGUAGUGAGAUAUGUAAAAAGUGGCGAAGAAGAGGAAGAGGACGAAGAUAUCUCGCCGAGAGUUGCAAAUAAUGCGCCAAAAAUCACAGUCAAAGAAGACUCUGAUCGGCCUACAUCUAAAGGAAAUGGCACUAAGCCUGCAGCUCCUCAUGAAAAGCCAAGAAGCAGAAUUGGAGGUGGCUUCACAUCUCCAAAAACUCAGCGAAACUUGGCCCCUCCUCAGCCCCAGCCUCAGCCUCCAGCUCCUACUGCAAACCAUAUAUUUGAAGAAGCCCAAAAUAUGGACCUUGAAGAGCUUACUGCAACCCAUGAGAAUCUUAUCGGGAUUAUUUUGACUGAAGAAGAACAACUUAUUAAUGCACAUAGGAAAACCAUUGAUGACAUGGUAGAUGCAAUUAAAGUGCAAAUGGCGCUCCUUAGCGAAGUCGAUAAGCCAGGAAGUGAUGUAGACCAAUAUGUAUGUGAGCUAGACAAAGUGCUGGCUAUGAAAGAAGAGAUGAUAAGAGGCCUUCGAAAGCAACUGAAAAACUUUAAUGAUCAUUUGAGACAGGAAGAAGCAAUGGCUGCUGCUUUCAAUGCUCGAAAGUCAGCUAUGGACGUAUUUGAUUUGGAGGCUCCUGAUGGAGAUUUACUGCAAGAUAUGUGAUAG